AUGAAUAUAACGGAUUAUUCUUUGAUUUUUACGGGAGAUUCGAAAACAAAAUUAUCUAAUCGUUUUGCAGCAACUUUUGAUAUUCCUUAUCAGUUUGAGAAAAAUGUUAAACAUUUAUUUCAAAUUCGAUUAUACUUUCAUUACUACAAACGUCAUUCCUUGUUCUUGUUCUUUUUUUCAUCAUCAUCAUCAUCAUCAUCAUCAUCAUCAUCAUCAUCAUCAUCAUCAUCAUCAUCAUCAUCAUCAUCAUCAUCAUCAUCAUCAUCAUCAUCAUCAUCAUCAUCAUCAUCAUCAUCAUCAUCAUCAUCAUCAUCAUCAUCAUCAUCAUCAUCAUCAUCAUCAUCAUCAUCAUCAUCAUCAUCAUCAUCAUCAUCAUCAUCAUCAUCAUCAUCAUCAUCAUCAUCAUCAUCAUCAUCAUCAUCAUCAUCAUCAUCAUCAUCAUCAUCAUCAUCAUCAUCAUCAUCAUCAUCAUCAUCAUCAUCAUCAUCAUCAUCAUCAUCAUCAUCAUCAUCAUCAUCAUCAUCAUCAUCAUCAUCAUCAUCAUCAUCAUCAUCAUCAUCAUCAUCAUCAUCAUCAUCAUCAUCAUCAUCAUCAUCAUCAUCAUCAUCAUCAUCAUCAUCAUCAUCAUCAUCAUCAUCAUCAUCAUCAUCAUCAUCAUCAUCAUCAUCAUCAUCAUCAUCAUCAUCAUCAUCAUCAUCAUCAUCAUCAUCAUCAUCAUCAUCAUCAUCAUCAUCAUCAUCAUCAUCAUCAUCAUCAUCAUCAUCAUCAUCAUCAUCAUCAUCAUCAUCAUCAUCAUCAUCAUCAUCAUCAUCAUCAUCAUCAUCAUCAUCAUCAUCAUCAUCAUCAUCAUCAUCAUCAUCAUCAUCAUCAUCAUCAUCAUCAUCAUCAUCAUCAUCAUCAUCAUCAUCAUCAUCAUCAUCAUCAUCAUCAUCAUCAUCAUCAUCAUCAUCAUCAUCAUCAUCAUCAUCAUCAUCAUCAUCAUCAUCAUCAUCAUCAUCAUCAUCAUCAUCAUCAUCAUCAUCAUCAUCAUCUUCUUCUUCUUCUUCUUCUUCUUCUUUUCCGAUUUCUUGCCUUUCUAACGCCCAACACUUCACUUUCGAUUGA